ACGCUAAGAAAAAUUAUUUUUUUCUUCUCAAUCUUCUCUUCUUUAGUCUUUUGCGCUGUUCAAACCGAGUAACAAGUUCAUCAAACGCUGUCGAGACGAAGCAGUUGUGAUGUGGAUAAACUGUAAAUAGUGAUUUAUUUGAAAAGCCAAGUAUUAAGAGCUUAUUUAUAUGUGAAAAGUGAUUUAUUUAUGCAAGGAGUAACGUUUUAACCAAAGGAAAAAUAUCAAGAUGAAAACUUUGUAAAGGAAGCGAAUAAAAGAUAAUUAAAAGAGUUUAAAUAAUUGGCACCAAGCGAAUAGAAAGUUCUUCUUUAUUGUUAAUUUAAGAAUAUUAGUUAAUUCGUAGUUAAGCAUAAAAUUAUUUGAUAAGAAAAUGUCAUUAACACAAGAUAAAUCUGUGAAUUACAUUUGCCGGAAUCUACUUGCUGGAGGCGUGGCUGGAAUGUGUUCAAAGACUGCAGUAGCACCACUCGAUCGAAUUAAAAUUCUCCUUCAAGCACAUCAAACACAUUACAAACAUCUUGGAGUAUUCAGUGGACUUCUGAAUAUUGUUAAGAAAGAAUCUUUCAUAGCACUUUAUAAAGGAAAUGGAGCACAAAUGGUUCGAAUCUUUCCAUAUGCAGCAACACAAUUUACAGCUUUUGAGUUUUAUAAGAAGUAUUUCGGAAGACUCUUCGGUCCAACACCUUACAUCAGACAUGCCGACAAGUUCUUUGCUGGUGCUGGAGCUGGACUUACAGCUGUGACACUUACUUAUCCAUUAGAUACGAUAAGAGCUCGAUUAGCAUUCCAAGUGACCGGUGAACACAGAUACACGGGAAUCCUUCACACAGCAACGUCAAUAUUGAAAGAAGAAGGCGGUGUUAGAGCUUUGUACCGUGGAUUCCUUCCAACACUAGUUGGAAUGGUUCCCUACGCUGGUCUCAGCUUCUACUGCUUCGAAGUACUCAAAUAUGCAUGCAUGAAAUAUUCACCAAACAUCACGUGCAAUAAACUUGAAAGAAAUACAGGUGGCCUCGUACUUUCAGUGCCUGCAAAACUUUUAUGUGGUGGCUUUGCCGGUGCUCUUGCCCAAUCGUUUUCAUAUCCAUUUGAUGUGACAAGACGGAGAAUGCAAUUGGCAAUGAUGAAUCCAGAGACAGCAAAGUUUGGCAUUGGCAUGUGGAGUACAUUGAAGCUUAUCUACUCUGAAAAUGGUGUUGUGAAAGGACUUUACCGGGGCAUGUCCAUCAACUAUCUGAGAGCGAUUCCAAUGGUUGCAGUUUCGUUUGCAACUUACGAGAUGAUGAAACAAACACUUAACUUGGAUACUGGAAUGAAGAUUUCUUAAAGCGAUUGAAUCUCUUUUUUAGAUAUCUAGAAAGGACCGAACAAAGAUAAAUUUUGUGCCUUUCAACGACAAUGCAAUGAAAUCAUUUCUUUAGUUUAUUUCAAAAGAAAAAAGUUCUUCUCGUCACUCAUAAAAGUCAAUUUAUUUAUGCUUUUAAUUCUCAAUUCGUAAAAACAUUUUUACUUAAAUGGUGUAGGUAGAUAAAUUUCAUUUCUUGAUUUUUAUUUUCAUUCAAAAAGUUUCUUGGAAUCUAAAUAAAAAAAAGUUAAUUUGAUAAUCUCAUAAAUGAAUUCUCUUAUGUAAUUACCUCGUCCAAGAAUUCUUUUUAGAAUUUCUUCUUUUAUUUUUGUAAUCAACAAUAAACAAACAGGAAAAUACAAUAAAGAAAAAGGAAAGAUUAA